AUGGACCCCGACACAGCUGCCGCGUUUCAGCGAUUGAGAGAAGCGGAUCCGAGCAACAGGCGUUGCCUUGAGUGCGAUUCCCCCGAGCCCCAGUGGUGUGCUCUCUCCUAUGGCGCCUUCGUCUGCCUCCACUGCUCCGGCCUGCACAGAGGCCUGGGGGUUCAUCUGAGUUUCGUGCGGAGCAGCACGAUGGACGCGUGGCAGCCGCAGCAGCUCAAGUUGAUGGAGUGCGGCGGCAAUGCCAAAUGCAAGAACUUCUUUGUUGAAUACGGGGUUUGGGAUAUGCCGCUUAAAGAGAGAUAUGCGACGAAGGCAGCAGCAUAUUAUAGAGCUUUGCUGCGUUCUGCUGCUGAGCCUUCUGUUGCUGCUCCGCCUCCUCUGGAUCGAGCAGCAGCAGCAGAGCCGGAUGCAGGAGCUGCUGCUUCUCCCCCUUACUCUACGCUCUCCUCCAUUCGUUCUCUCGGUUCCCGCCCGCUAGAUCAGCAGCAGCAGCAGCAGGAGGGUUCUAAGGAGGAGGAUGGCUUGUUUGCUUCUCUGCAGCAGCAGGCCGCCGCUGCUUCUGCUGCUGCUGCUGCUGCUGCUGCAACCGUCAGCAGCACAGGGGGAGCAGCUAUAGACACUGCGCUACAGAGCGUAUCCUCCUUCGUUUCAGGUGCAAAAGAAUAUACAACAAAAACAAUUGAAGCGGCAGGAGAAUCCGGAAUCAUUGAAAAGGCAAAGGGAGGAUUCCAAACUGGGAGCGAGUGGAUUGCGCAGCAGUCGAAGAAACUCUCCACAACUUUCAGGGAGCGAGUGGAUUGCGCAGCAGUCGAAGAAACUCUCCACAACAUUCAGUGCGGCAACCCUUCUGCUGCUGCUGCUGCUGCUGCUGUUGCUGCUGCUGCUGCUGCUGCUGGUGCUUCUGCGGGGGGCGAAGGAAACGACAGCAGCAGCCCCUCCUCCUCCCCUGAUGGAGAGCAGCAGCAGCAGCAGCAGCAGCAGGGGGAUGAGCCGCAGCGCGGCAGCAGCGGGGUGCUGCAGUCUAUGCGAGAGCUAACCCGCCGCUCUAUAUCAAAUGUAACGCAGGUUGUACGCAGCAGCAGCAGCAACAGCAACAGCAGCGGUGCAGCAGAAGGGGGCAGCGUUCUUGAUAAGGCCAGAGAGAGCCUCAGCUCAUUAACUGCUGUUGCUGCCGGCUGGCUGCAGCCAGCAGAGGUUCCGCCUCCUGCUUGCGGUGCUCCGGACGGCGAGGGAGCAGCUGAUGGCGGCGGCGAUAAAUUUUUGUAG